AUGACUUCGGCCCCAGCCCACCAGGUGGUCCAUGAAGCAAACAAUGUCUCCUUGAGACACACCCCAGAGGAGUUCUUCCAGAGACAGCCUCGUCAGGGCCACAUCUCGUCCAUGGAAGAGUUCCAGAAGUUGUACAAAGAGUCCAUCGAAAACCCCCAGCAGUUCUUUGGCCAGAUGGCUAGAGACUUGUUGCACUGGGACCGUGACUUUGACCAGGUUUCUGCUGGUGAUUUGGUCCACGGUGACGCCCACUGGUUUGUUGGCGGUCAGUUGAACGCUUCCUACAACUGUGUGGACAGAUGGGCUUACGCUCACCCAAACAAGACUGCUUUGAUUUGCGAGGCUGACGACGAGAGCGAUUCUCGUACCUUGACUUAUGCUGAGCUCUUGAGAGAGGUUUCCCAGACCGCUGGUAUCUUGGCUUCUUGGGGUAUCAAGAAGGGCGACAAUGUGGCCAUCUACUUGCCAAUGAACGCCCAGGCCGUUAUUGCCAUGUUGGCUGUCGCUCGUUUGGGUGCUGUCCACUCGGUUAUCUUUGCUGGUUUCUCCUCUGGUUCUAUCAAGGACAGAGUUAACGAUGCCAACUGUAAGGCUUUGAUCACUUGCGAUGAAGGUAAGCGUGGUGGCAGAACCAUCAACAUCAAGAAGUUGUGUGACGAAGCUUUGCUUCAGUGUCCUUCUGUUGAGAAGGUCUUGGUCCACAGACGUACUGGCAACCCAGAUGUCGCUUUUGACGAGGCUAGAGACUUCUGGUGGGACGAGGAGGCUCCAAAGUUCGCUGGCUACUUCCCUCCAGUGUCUGUGGAUGCUGAGGAUCCUUUGUUCUUGUUGUACACUUCUGGUUCUACUGGUACUCCAAAGGGUGUCGUUCACACCACUGGUGGUUACUUGUUGGGUGCUGCCAUGACCACCAAGUACAUUUUCGAUGUGCACCCUGAGGAUAUUCUCUUCACUGCUGGUGACGUUGGUUGGAUUACUGGCCACACUUACGCUCUUUACGGUCCAUUGUCUUUGGGUAUCCCAACCAUCGUCUUCGAAGGUACUCCAGCUUACCCUGACUACGGUCGUUUGUGGCAGAUUGUUGAGAAGCACAAGGCCACUCACUUCUACGUUGCUCCAACUGCUUUGCGUCUUUUGAGAAAGGCUGGUGAGUCCGAGAUUGGUAAGUACGACUUGUCUUCCUUGAGAACCUUGGGUUCUGUUGGUGAGCCAAUUUCUCCAGAUAUCUGGGAAUGGUACAACGAGAAGGUUGGUAAGAACCAGUGCCACAUCUCUGACACUUACUGGCAAACCGAGUCCGGCUCUCACUUCAUUGCUCCAGUUGCCGGUAUCACUCCAAACAAGCCAGGUUCUGCCUCUUUGCCUUUCUUCGGUAUUGACGCUUGUCUUAUCGACCCAGUCUCUGGUCAAGAGAUCCACGGUAACGAUGUCGAAGGUGUGUUGGCUGUCAAGAGCCCAUGGCCUUCCAUGGCUCGUUCCGUCUACAGAAACCACGAAAAGUACAUGGACACCUACUUGAAGCCUUACCCAGGCUACUACUUCACUGGUGACGGUGCUGCUCGUGACCACGACGGUUACUACUGGAUCAGAGGUAGAGUUGACGAUGUUGUCAAUGUCUCUGGUCACAGAUUGUCUACUGCCGAGAUUGAGGCUGCUUUGAUCGAGCACAUUGGUGUUUCUGAAGCUGCUGUUGUUGGUAUCGCUGACGACUUGACCGGUCAGGCUGUUGUCGCUUUUGUUGCCUUGAAGGACGAGUACCUUGACACUAUCAACGGUAACGAGACCAGUGAAGAAGCCUUCAACCUUAGAAGAGAAUUGAUCUUGACUGUCCGUAAGGAAAUCGGUCCAUUCGCUGCACCAAAGUCUGUCAUUAUCGUGCAAGACUUGCCAAAGACCAGAUCUGGUAAGAUCAUGAGAAGAAUCUUGAGAAAGAUUUCCCUGAACGAGGCCGACCAGUUGGGUGACAUUUCCACUUUGGCCAACCCAGGUUCUGUUGCUGGUAUCAUCGACUCUUUCGGCGCCCAGUUCACCACCAAGAAAUAA